AAAAAUAAGAACAAUUAUUGUGUAGCUUUGUCUGCGUGUGACGUUAGCGGAAGUUUGACAGCUAGCAGGUGUCGGUGUGUUGUGUGCAGUAAUGUAAUUGACUGCGGGGAAAUUACUUGUAAAUAUUAACGAGUGUGCUUUGCUUAAGUACCUCAAUUUACUGUAUAGAUUGAGAGUUUGUUAAGUCAAGUGACUCCUGUGUUUGGGAUACGAUAAGCCUUCCCUUUCUCGCUAAAUCGAUUAUUUUAGGUUAUUGCUAAAUUAGUUGGUCGGACAUUCCCAGCACUGUAUCAACAGUCAAACAGUUGUACGGGAAGCUCAAUGCCCUUGAGCAAAGUACAAAGUCUGCACCUCCGCCAGUAUCCACUGAUCAGUGCACUCAACAAGCAGCAGCUCUCAAAGGACUUUAAAACAGCUGGAGAAGGAGACAUUGCCACGCGCUUGGAGGGUUAGGACCAGAGCAUGUUUGUGACUGUGCUCCUGCUCCUGGUCACUCUGUGUGUCCAGGGAGGAAAUGGCGAAGAAAGAGCAGAGGCACAGAGACCCGGCCAUGUUUCGGUGGUGAUCGUGGGAGGCACAGGGGACCUGGCAAAGAAGUACCUGUGGCAGGGCUUCUUCGAGCUGUACGAAAACCAGGUCAGUAGUGGAAACACUUUCUCCUUCUAUGGCGGAGGACUGUCACCUGCCGAUGCGGGCAAACCGGUCCUCUUUGAGAUCCUAAAGGCGGUUGCCUGCUCAAAGGAUGCAUCACAGGAGCGCUGUGCUCUGCUGAAAGAGCAGCUCCUGCGGCUCGCACAGUAUCGGCAGCUGAAGACUCUAGAGGACUACCAGGAUCUGGCCAAGCACAUUGAGCAAGAGCUACAGCAGGAGGGAAUAACAGAGGCAGGCAGGCUCUUCUACCUCUCAGUACCAGCCUUUGCAUAUGCAGACAUUGCUGAUAAGAUAAAUAAUAGUUGCAGGCCAAACAGCGGGGCGUGGCUGAGGGUGGUGCUGGAGAAACCUUUCGGACAUGACUUCAGGAGUGCUCAGCUACUUGCGUCUCAGCUCGGGAGCUCCUUGAAGGAUGAAGAAAUGUACAGAAUCGACCAUUACCUGGGGAAGCAGGUGGUUGCAAAUAUACUUCCAUUCAGAGUAGAGAACAAUAAGUUUCUGGAUCCCAUCUGGAACAAGCACCACAUCGAGAGAGUGGAGAUCGUAAUGAAAGAGACCCUCGAUGUUAAAGGUCGUAUUCCCUUCUAUGACCAGUACGGGGUGAUCAGAGAUGUGCUACAGAACCACCUGACUGAGGUCAUGACCCUGUUGACCAUGAGGCUUCCCAUGAAUCGAAGCAGCAGUGAGGAAGUCCUCCAAAACAAGCUGCAGAUCUUCAGUUCCCUGCUGCCUAUUGGAAAGAAUCAAGCGGUGGUCGGCCAAUACCAAGCGUACAAAACAUCCGUUCAGCAGGAGAUGAAUAAGACAAAAGAUCACGUCAGUCUCACGCCAACAUUUGCAGCUGUACUGGCACACAUCGAUGAGGCCCGGUAUGAAGGUGUGCCAAUUCUUUUGAUCUCAGGGAAGAUGUUAGAUGAGCGGGUGGGAUAUGCACGAAUUCUUUUCAAGAAUGACGUGUUUUGUCUUCAAAACCACAACAGCGUUCACUGCAAGCCCAAACAGAUCGUUUUCUACUUUGGGCAUGGCAGCCUUAAAUAUCCAGCAAUUCUUGUGAGUAAGAAUUUAUUCAGGCCCGUUUUAAUGGGCGGUGAGUGGAAGGAAGUGACUGAGCAUACAGAUGUCAAUAUUCUAGGUUUGCCUAUUUCCGACUAUUACGUUCAAACUCCGACAGAGCAGAGGGAAGCUUAUUCAGAACUUAUUUCUCACAUAUUUGCUGGACGUAAGAAUAGUUUUAUUAGUGCUGAAAACCUGCUGGCCUCCUGGGGCUUAUGGACACCACUGCUCAGUAGCCUAGCCAGCUCUUUUCCACGCAUCUACCCCGGGGGUGCCGACAACGGAGACAUGCUCGACGUCCGUGUGAAAGGGAAAGACAUUGUCUACAGCAGUGACGUGGUGAUUAUCAGCCCCGAUCAGAUGGGUGGCACGUCAGCAAACGGUUUCCAAGUGAUGCAAGGCAAAUUUCGUAGUGGUGACAUGGUGUCGGCCUGGGCUGAGGAGCUGGUGGAGAGGCUAGCUGCAGACAUUCAGGAAGCAGCGGAGGCAGCGGUGCAUGAGGGCGGUGUUUUCCAUCUUGCCCUCUCUGGUGGGUCCACUCCUAUCGCUUUGUUCCACAGGUUGGUCCUGCACCACUUCUCCUUCCCCUGGAGGAACACCCAUGUGUGGAUGGUGGACGAGCGCUGCGUGCCACUGACUGAACUGGAGUCCAACUUCCACAGCAUGCAUGAACAUCUGCUGCAACAUGUGAGGAUACCCUAUUACAACAUCCACCCCAUGCCAGUGCAGCUCAACCAGCGUCUGUGUGUGGAGGAAGACGCAGGAGCGCUGCUGUAUGAGAAAGAGGUCAGCAAGUUAGUUAAUGGCUCCAGCUUCCACUUUGUACUGCUGGGGGUCGGCCAUGACAGCCACACUGCCUCUCUGUUCCCGGGGAGUAAAGUGGCUGAACUUGGGGAGAGUCUGGUGGCCAUCACUGAGAGCCCUGUCAAGCCUCAUCAACGCAUGAGCCUCACUUUCAGUGCCAUUAACCGAGCACGCACAGUUGCUCUUUUAGUGAUGGGCAAAGGCAAGCAUGAACUCAUCACCCAGCUGAGCCGAGUGAAGGACAACCCAGACAAGUGGCCUGUCACCGGGGUGAAGCCUGCUGACGGCAGACUCGUUUGGUACAUUGACUACGACGCACUUUUAGGAUAGGAAUGACAUUUGUAACAUUGUUUGUGGAGCUGCUUUAAUUGGACAGCUGAUUGGUGGAAACGUAUGAGCCAGUACUUAAAGGACCAGUGGUUUUACAUGUUUUAGCUUAUUAACCACAAAUGUACUUUAACGGUAACUCUCUCUAUGACGCCCAUGUCUAUAAUGCAUUAUAAAUGACAUAUAAUCUGCAUAAUCAUAUUUAUAAGCACUCAAAUAUU